UACAUUCUGAAACAGCAGCAGCUUUCCUGCACUCUCGAGCUCCCAACUCUCUUCCCAGCUUCUGCUGCCACCCCCCUCCUCAUUUUUUUCCCCCUUUCUCUCCUUUGCUUUUUUUUUUUUCCCUUUCCUCAUUCCUUCUACUUCUGGACUUAGCAAUAACUCCUUUCCUGUAUUCCCCCCCCCGCCGUUUCUUUCUUUCUCUUUUUUAUAAUAAAUACCAUAUUCCACCCCCUUUCUAAAGUCAUUAUUAGCCUUCUCUCUCUCCCCCCCCCCUCCCGCUUCUCUGCCUGCGCUGGAAAACGUAAAAGGAAAGACAGUGGAAAAAUACUCUGGUUGAGUAAGGGGAGGGGGGGCGAGAGAGAGAGAGAGAGAGAGGGAGAGAAACAGCCCACAAGAAAAGCGGAGAAUCGAAACAGAUGAACUACAAAUGAGAAAGAAAAAAAAAGAUGGAAUUGCACAUUUUAGAGCACCGCUUAAAAGUAGCCAGCAUAGCGAAAGACAGCAUCCAAUUGUUUACCUAUGGAUUGAUCAAACUGGCGUUCCUCUCCUCCAAGACCAGGUGCAAAUUUUUCAGCCUGACUGAGACACCUGAAGACUACACGGUCAUAGUGGAUGAAGAAGGAUUUUUAGAGCUCCCUUCGUCAGAACACUUGAGUGUAGCAGAUGCAACAUGGCUGGCCCUCAAUGUCGUCUCGGGAGGAGGUGGCUUCUCCGGCUCUCAGCCUAUCGGUGUGACCAAAAUUGCCAAAUCAGUCAUAGCUCCACUAGCCAAUCAGAAUAUCUCAGUGUUUAUGCUCUCCACCUAUCAGACAGACUUUAUUCUGGUACGCGAGCGGGAUCUGGCUUUUGUCACGCACACCCUGGCUUCUGAGUUCACCAUCCUCAGAGUUGUGAAUGGGGAGACUGUGGCAGCCGAUAACCUUGGGAUAACCAAUGGAUUUAUGAAACCAAAAUUGGUUCAAAGGCCUGUCAUCCACCCCCUUUCCAGUCCAAGUAACAUGUUCUGUGUCACCAGCCUGGACCCUGAUACCCUUCCCUCCGUUGCUACACUCCUUAUGGAUGUCAUGUUUUACUCCAAUGGAGUAAAAGAUUUAGUGGCAAGCAAUGAAGAUUCUGAACACAUUCGUUUUUUCUCAUUUUCUCUCAUUGAGGGAUACAUUUCUUUGGUGAUGGAUGUACAGACGCAGAAAAGAUUUCCUAAUAAUCUGUUGUUUACAAGCGCAUCAGGAGAACUCUGGAAGAUGGUUCGCAUUGGAGGGCAACCUCUUGGCUUUGAUGAGUGUGGAAUCGUGGCUCAGAUCUCUGAGCCUUUAGCUGCCGCAGACAUCCCUGCCUAUUACAUCAGUACUUUUAAGUUUGAUCAUGCACUGGUUCCAGAAGAAAAUAUCAACGGUGUUAUCAAUGCACUCCAAGUCAGUCAACCUGAAAAAUAUUAAUAUUUUUUUUUCAGAAUGGGACCUAGGUGUAUUUUAAGACAAAGAAUUCUUCUCAGUAUUUCCUAGCAAUGGGGUGGGUGAUUCUUUUUCUUUUUUUUUCUUUUUUACUCCAAAGAGAGCACGGGAGAAAUAUUGUCAUGCCACGAAGAAGCGAUGAAACAAAAAGACUAUUGCAUAGGCAAAUUGACUCCCAGUAGCUUUUUACAAAAAUAGUAAUAAAAAAUAUAUAUCUUCAAGGCAGGGAGGAGACGAGGAAAGAAUCUUUGGGAUUAAAGCACUGUGAAGGGUUUUUUUGACAUUCAGCUCUGAAGCGAAAUGUCACUAUUAUGCUGUUUGUUUUUGUUUUUUGUUUUUCCUUUGGUUGGUGUAGUUGGCAUAUGCCACAGUUGCAUUCUCACUGAACAUGCGAACCUGGAAUUGCUGAUGGUGCCAUUUGAUCAGAAAAGAAGCAGCCUGCUUCAUGUUGUUUGGAGAUCCUCUUGCUUAGCCAGAUUGGAUCAGCGUACCCAGAAAUGACUGGAACAGGAAGUAGCAUUUUUUUUCCCAAUCCGGGCUUGUGAAUGUGUUGGACUUCAAGUUUCCUAACUUCUCAAACCGACGUGGCUUUUCAGGAAUCGGCAACAAGCUCUCAUGGAUACCCUCCAGCCUGGGCCACGCCUUGUGGGUGCCCACAAAACUCAAAACAGCCUUCGAAACGUUGCAAUUGCAAUGGCCAAAUCUAGCAGGAUUUCGUAAGAUCUCCUUGAGAGUUCAGGUGACAAUGCCAAAACCCACCUCUUUGUGUAUAUGUGUGUGUGUGUGUGUGUGUGUAUGUGUCUGUGUGCUAUCACGAGUGAUUAGAUCCAUCUCAUCGAAAGGUUGCUGAGUCCUGAUUAAGCUUCAUGCUCAUCCUCCUACCUCUUGGUUUGUCUCCACAAAUCCUGAUCUGGAGUUGAUUUGACAAAGCUGGUCUGAUUAGAAAAGCAAGAAGCCAGAGCCCAUGUUUAGAUUAUAACACUAAGAAUUCCCUCUCUGAUAAAUCCAUGUUAGCCUAGGAACUCAAAGAUUGUCCCCCCCUCCCUCAACCCUUGGAUGCAACACACACACCACUUCCAAACAUUGCCAAUUACUAAAUUUAAGAUUGUUCAUGUGACUGAUAGGGAAACUUGUUUAAUAUGUAGGGAGUAAUCAUGUGAAUGGAACAGAUUUAAGUUCAUUUAAAUUAAACUAAGCCAAAUAUAUUGUUUUGGCUCUGACUUGCCACCAAGGGAAAAGAGUGGCUCGUGAUCCUGGCAGCUGUGCUCUGCCAGCUGCUGCUUCCGAGAUGACCCAGCCUGGCUCGCAAGUGCCAGCAUGCUGGUUAGCAACCAGAAACUAGAUUGUAUGGAUGGAUAGUGGACUAGCAUACUUAAGGAGAAGAAAAUGUUGAAUUGUGUUGCUUCCUCUUGAGUAAACCAACCAUUUUAGACUAUAGUCCUACAUUUGGUAUGAAAUCCAGGAAUAUUUCUGGUUGUGCUAUUAACAUUGCAGCUGAAAAAUAAAAUUGAAUGCUCCAGUUUUUAUUGGGAAGGAAGUAGAAAAAUAAAAGAUGCAUUGAGAGGAAAAUAAGAGGAAUAGAAAGCCCUGGAUUUGCAAUCAAAUCAACACAUACUGGGGGGACACUGGAUCACAUGUUAAGACCUCCCGUGGAACCCCACAAUGUUUAAGAAUAACCUUGCUGUGAUUAAUAUCACAAACAGCUCUUCAGUAAUAGCAGUCUUCACAAAUUGGUAUGGAUGGAAAUAUCAGAUGUGUUAAGUAAAUGAUUCGUAAAUGGCCUCUUAUCCCAAAAUUUUGGCUGAAAUAGUAUGUGUUAAGAUGACUAUUGACAAACGUUUGCACAAGCUGAGACUGGAAUGAAUGUGAAAUACAUUCUGGCUGGUUAAUUUGCGAUUCUGACUAUUGUGCUAACACAGACAAUUGGAUUAAUUCUGAAAACAUGGUUACGCACGUAGCUAGACUGUUCUCCUUGCUGUCACAGCAGGCCUCCUUCCACCUCUGAUUUUCUUUAAAACAAAAAAAAAUCUUAAGUCAAAAGGCAGCUGACAAGCAGGAAAGCUCACACCAACUGACUCAUUUAUGCGUUCUCUCUGAUGAAUGGAUUGUGAUAGGUAUACCUGUGGUAUUUGCAGCUGCCAUUUUGUGGAUGAACACAGACACACAUAUAUACCCCAGUGGCCAUUUUGUAAUUGCAGCUCCCACAUGCAGCUUUCGCAUUCCCAAAGGGUCGAAAAGAUUGCCUAAUUUUGCAUAUCCUGGUCUCCCUUGAAUGUGUGUGUGUGGGGGGGGGAAAUCUAUUUUAGGACUUCUGUUCCUCUCUCUGCUUUCCUCCAGAUUAUAGAAAGGAAAGGAAGUCUUCUGGAUUCCAAAAAAAAGGCAUAGGUCCGUGAUGGCGAACCUAUGGCACCCGUGCCAGAGGUGGCUCGCAGCCCCCUCUCUGAUGGCACGUGAGCUGUUGCCCCAGUUCAGCUCUGCUGCGCAUGUGCACGCGCCUCCCGCUGGCCAGCUGCCACACAUUCGCAGGGGCAAGGCGUGUGCAGGGGGGCUGCGUGGGGCCCGUGUGCACAUGCAUGGGGGUGGGGCGCAUGCAGUGGCUGUGUGUGUGAGGGGCAGCGCAUCCGCAUGGGCUGCACGCUUGCAUUUUGGGGGUUUGGGUGCACAUGCUUUGGGCAUUCGGUCAGGAAAAGCUUAGCCAUCACUGGCAUAGGGUAUUUCCUCUUGUAUUCUUGUUUCUCCACAAUGACCAUGGAGAGACCUUUAACUGCAAGAUGUCACUGGGUGAUCAGAGCUGGAUGGCACAUCGAUGAGCAGGAAUAGUUUGCACGCUGAAAAAGUACCAGGAGCGAAAUGACCCUUCCCUAUUCGAAAUCUUGAAAAGCCACUACAGCCAGAGAAGACGAGACUGAACUGCUUGUCCAGAUAGCCCUAGCCUAACAUAGAAUUUCUUCCUGCCUGCAGCAUUUUCCUUCGUCUGGGUGAAGGCUGCUUUAAAACAGCGAAUUUUACACCUGUAUGUUUCUACUUAAUCCACUAAUGGUGCUCUCCAGAUGUGCUGGACCACGGCAUCAUUAAUUCUCAACCAGCAUGAUCUAGCUGAUUUUUCACCAGCUUGGGCAAGGGUGCAACAUCUGGUGUAAAAAAAAAAAAGUAAUAAUAAUGGGCGAGUUAUUGGCUCAGGUUGCCCAAGGGGUAACAUUCACCAACCUGGAGCCCUCUAAACAAGUUGGGCAUUACGACUCUUUGAAAUACCCAGCCCCCUCAAAAAGCACUUGGAUUAUCUUACAUCCAGUUCAGUUGCAAGGAGGAAAAAAGGUACUUUAAUUUUUUUUUUUAAUGUAAUUCCUUCUUGAACUAUUGAAGAUUACUAAAAGGGCUGAGCCCAAGCUGUGGUGUUUUGGAAAUGUAAAAUAUAAUUUCUGAAUACUUAUACUUAGAAAAAUCUCUUCUGUGUUGCUGCAAUUGUAUACCUCUAAGAGAGCCUUCUGCGGCCUCCCAAUACAUCUUUGGUGCAAAAUUUAA